CCAGGUGAUUACCAUCUGCCAUUUCUAAUAGGAAAUCCAGCGUCUAGCCUCCUGAACAGUUAGCUAUUCAUGUGAAUUAAACACGUCUGUCCGACUGUGACGCAUGGCUUGAGCUGAAUUUUAAAAGUGGUGAAUAUAGGAUGAAUGCCACAGGCUCAGCUGUCGUCCAACAAUAUGCCGCUUCGACGGACCAAAAGCUAUUUAGUUCAUUGCAAUCAUUACAAGAAUAUGAUCACGAGAUGGAGCCACCGCUGCAAUCACUUCCCAAACAAGUGGCCAAUCAGGAGUUGGAUAGAGCGACAACAUCUACAAUAAUAUUAAGUGAGAGGCAGAACAAGUCUCACAGAGGGAUAGAUAAUGUCGGCUUUGAGUACGAGUCCUCCAUUGUAACAAAAACUAAUUCUGGCGUAAAACAGUCGGUCGGAAAAUUUUCUCGUAAUCAAGGAGAAACUAAUUUUGAGCAGAAUACGUUCAGAAGAGACUACAGUAAAUCACUUCCUGUUCACAGGAAAGCGAAGCCUACACGACGACACGUCUGUGUAAAAUCUCUGUCGUCGUCAUUCUUUUGUGCUACCGCGGGUCCAAGCCUACCACAAAAACACAGCGACGGCGAUAUCGAUAAAGGUAAAGCUUGCGAUCCCACCGAAAGGCGCAGUCCUCCAGAAGUCGUCCCGAAACGUCGUCCCGAACUUAGAGAUUCAAAGGAAAACCCAAAUUUCUCCCGUAGAGCAGCGAUUAGAAAGAGUACUUAUUUCAGCAGAAGUUAUUUAAGCGAACGUAAUAUAAUAUCAUCCCAAAACAACGUUGUCCAGGGUGAAACCGCUGUAGAGUCUUCGGAACGAGCUUGUCACGCGGCAGUUCAUCUGGACAACGUUAACGAACGAGUAGUUAAUGCGAACCCGACUGUUUCUUCGGUGUGUUGCCUCGGUCCUGAAAUCAGCGGGUCUAGUGAUUCGCCAGAAUAUGCCAGUGUAACAACUAGUACAGGCUUAAGAUUUAAACCUGUCACAUUUCAGUGUGGACGAAACGAAAGGGGUUUCGUCGCUGGCCGCAGAAAAUGUAAAGUACAAAGAAUAGGUGUGUUUUAUUGUGAUACCCCUGAUUGCGGAGUUGUGACACGAGAAAAACAAAGCGCAUCUUGUUAUUCUUCGGUGACUACUGAGUAUGGUGGAAUUAGAACACGUGUUCCUGAAAAAACAUUUUCUAAAACAGGUUGUACCCGGGAGUCACCCACGAAUCGAACCCCCAGAAAUGCUGACUCUGAAUCUGACCCACGGCAGUUCUCGGUGGGGAUCGGUGAAUCAUCACUUGUGAGUCUACCUCCUGCUACUUCUGAGGUCAGGGCUCGGGACUCGACUGAAGAAAACGUUGCUACCACAAACCAGCAGAGCAUCGAGGUUGAUUUCAAUGCUGAACAUCCAGAGACAGUUGUCACAGAAACUAACGAAACCAGUAUGACACAACGUGGUGAUAGGCGAAACAACCCCCCACCACAAACACUUCUAGAUGAGUAUACGCAUGUGGACACUACCCCUAAUCCAGAUGUCUUACCCGAUAUACUAAACUCUCACCUACCCCCAUCUUACACCACCCUUCCUCCUCCUAGUAGAAGCUUGCCACCUCCAUUACCUCACGUUCCACCUAUGUAUAUAUCUCCUGCGUCUACAACUGCUCAGUGCUCUCUCUCACCUGUGGGACGGUCAGUACGAGGUGGUAGGAGUGGAUUCCGACCUCUUCCUUCUCGAGGACGGAACAGAUCUUUGACGAGAGGAGCUGUUUACACCGCUCCAGCAGCCUCCGAAAAUGACGAACCUAAACACUGUUGUGGUCUGAUUGUUACACAGGCAAUCAGCAUUCGCUGGUUUAUCGCAAUGAUUGCGUUUGUAGGACUUUGUUGUGCUGUUGUAGGAACAGUGCUCGGAGCACUUAAAACAACAGGACGGGAACAUUUAACAGUGUCUCUCUUAAUGAUCGGAGUCGGGAUUGUAUUGAUUACAGUUAGCGGAAUCGCGAUGAAACUGACGUCGCAAGACGCCCCCUCGUGUCGAGCGAUGUUAGGCAUACAGUCAGACAAUCCAGAGCCUAACAGAAGGUUUGUGCCUCGAGUGCCACCUUACGGACGACCACAUCACCCUUACGGAGCUAUGAUGUAUCCAGAAUUCCAACAUCGCCCUCCACCUCCUUCCUACCAAGCUUCCAUGCAAGAAUAUCGUUUAAGACUGCUGCUCCUCGAUCGUCAACAGGGGGCGUUAUCUUCUUCGCUAUCACCAGUGUCCCCGCCCCCUACGUAUCGUUCACACCCUAGUAGCACUUUGCAGAGGCAGCCGUUGAACUUGGCGGAACGAGAGUGCAGCCGACCUCCAAGUUACCGCUCGCGAGCCAGUUCUGGUGCGGCGCUACGAGCGAGUUCGGACACAUUGGAAUCUCGUCGAAACGAUACUCUUCACGAGAAUGGUGGUUCACGAAAUCAUACUAGUCACAGCCGUAACGCAUCCCUAACUUUAAGUUUUCUAUCUCAUGAAUCUCUUUUUGUAGACUCCAACCACUCCCGUCCAACAGACUUAACCCAGUCCAGUCAGGCCGCGCCGCUCACGUCACCUAGUGAUGGCAGUAGAAGCAGUGAAACCGAUGAAAGUCUCGUAUUACAAAGAGAAACUCAGAUAAAAACUUACCGAACGACGUUGAGCAAUAACCCACAGAAUGUUCGAAAGAAUAACGAUAUCCACAGGGUAACUAUAGUGCAAACUACUGAUUCUUCACACGUGGUAAACCAAGAUGCUGUGGUUGUUUCGGUGAAUGGACAAACACGGAGAACUUUAGUGUCGCCAUCUACCGGCAAUCAGGGAGAGGUAGAAAUUCUUGCGCACGUAUAAUAUUACAUACCGAAAAGUUUCAGCAUACAAACUCAGGCUGCGUAGCUUGUUUUUAUUUCAAUAUUUUUGUAUUUAAAAGUUUUCUAUUAUAAUAAUAAAUAAUAUCAUAUCUA